CUCCAGGAAAAUAAAUUCCACCAUGCAGAAAGAUUGCGGAAGAGAGAGGAGGACCUCCGCGGCCUCGCCGACGCUCAUCACGUGACUUGAAGAUUUCCAUCUCCAGACAAUCAAUCUUUCAACAUCUCCGAGGACGUCGACGGAACAAGUCCAGCCAGCAACAAAGGGGCUGCAUCGCGCGAGGUUAUCAGCAGAUGGGAAUCUAGGCUGGUAACUGAUCAAUAUAUUUUGUUUCGUUCACCAUCGUGUUUUAUUUCUCCAAUUGGGGCUUGACGUCCUUGAAUACCGAUACCGUCCGGCAUCAUGGAGGUACGCACCUUGGCCCGGUGCCUUCGCUCGAGGCCGGCUUCAUCUCUGCUGUCUAAGCAGCAAGCCGGCCCUGCUUCGCUGUACACACAGAUCGGCGCUUUUUCCAGUAGUCAGAGUCGCCUGCAAGGAAUCCGAUACGCGUCUACGGGGAAGCCAUCAUCACCUCAGUCUGAGACGAACAGCAACAACACCAGCAGCUCUCAGCCCGCAGAGACCACGAACGCCACAUCAGACAAAUCCUCCAAUUCGAGCCUGGACGAGCUCAACCGCGUAUUAAGCCAGCUCGACAUCGCCGGCCGCAACGCCGCCCAAACCAGCAAGACAUUCAUCGAGUCCCGGAAAGCCGAGCAGUCUCCCUCUGGACGUCGCCCGUCUAUCAGCGACCCCCUUGCCCUCUCUCGCGCAGUCAGUGAAUCCGCAGACGCAGAGCAGUACCGCACCCCUGUCCGUCGCGUGGAGCUGAAGCUUGGUCCAGAACUCGGUCGUCAAGUCCACGUGGACCCGGACCGCGGUGUCGACCUUGCUGCCGCUCUGCGAAACCUCCAGAUCAAUUGCGCCGUCAACCGUGUUAGGGGACAGGCGAAUUUCCAGAAGUUCCAUGUGCGAAGAGGACAGCGGAUAAAGGAUCUAAGACGCGAGCGAUGGAGGAAGUUGUUCAAGUUCUCGUUCCAGAAGACGGUGGAGAAGAUUCAGAAGAUGAGAGCCCAGGGAUGGUAGAUAUCCAUAAUCGAGCGGAUAAUGACAUUGUCCUGAACUCAGAUAGGAGUGAUGGUUGUAUUUGGGAUCCUCUGGUUUCCGGGCUUCUCAAUGGGGUUAGAGGCUUCAGAACACCAUGCUGUCUCGAGCUACUGGGAGAUAUAAACUGUUCCGAUGCACUUGUAUAACUAAACUACGAUUGGGAGUUUCAUUCAUUUUUUUAAUUAUUCAGAGGUUCUAUUCUUUUCGCAGGAUAGAACAAUGCAAUGUAAAUGUAAAUGUAUAUCCGAAACCAAAUAAACCAAAAUACAUGAA